CCUCUUUCUUUGUAGUAGUAGUACGAAACUUUCUUCUUUCCGCCAUUAAUAAAGUAGUUCCCCUCGAACACUAAACUUCCGUCAGAGAUUCUUCAUUUUGUCUCAACUUCUCUCACAAUUAAAGUUGAGCGACUUUUUCAUUUUUCCCAUUUAUCAAUGUAUCAAAAUAAUAACAAAACCCUAAUUUCAUUUCUCAAAUUCAUUUCUCUAUCCAACCCUAACUCAACCCUAAAAAAUGCAUGCUAGAUUUCUCUGUAACUCAUCAGCUGAUUACUCAGAGAAUCGAAACGAAACAGAAUCGUCUCAUCAGAAUUCAUCAUCGUUAUCAUUAGUAGCAGUAUCUUCUUCUCCUUCGUCAUCUUCUUCUUCGUCGGCGUUGAAUUCUCGUUAUACGGAAGUAGUUAUGAAUUAUUUAUGGGUAUCUCUAUUGAUUUCACUAACGAAUUGUUUGAAUUCAGUAAAAGCAGCUCAUCAAACGAUUCGAUUUGCAGGAGAUGAUGAGAAUAGUGUUGUACGAUCCGGAGGAAGUUGUAUUGCUCCUGAUUCUAGUUUGUAUUAUAGACCAGUGAUUGGGAUAUUAACACAUCCUGGUGAUGGUGCUUCUGGGAGGUUAAAUAAUGAUAAAAAUGCUUCCUAUAUAGCUGCUUCUUAUGUUAAGUUUAUUGAAUCUGCUGGUGCUCGUGUGAUUCCACUUAUUUAUAAUGAACCAGAGGAGAUUCUUUAUGAAAAGCUCAACCUAGUUAAUGGAGUGCUUUUUACUGGGGGGUGGGCUAAAACUGGCUUGUACCGCGAGGUUGUUGAGGGAAUUUUUAAGAGAGUUCUGAAGAGAAACGAUGCUGGUGACCAUUUUCCUUUACUUGCAAUCUGCUUGGGCUUUGAACUGUUAAGCAUGGUUAUCAGCAAGGAUACUGACAUUCUUGAAAAGUUCAGCGCACAUGAUCAUGCAUCUACUCUUCAAUUCAUCAAACCCACCAAUAUUGAAGGCACUGUUUUUCAAAGGUUCCCUCCUGAGUUGCUACAAAAAUUGACUACAGACUGUCUUGCCAUGCAAAACCAUCAGUAUGGUGUAUCGCCAGAGAGGUUUCAUGAGAAUUCUGCAUUGUGCAGUUUUUUUAGGGUCGUGACUACAUGCACAGAUGAAGACGACCAGGAGUACGUCUCAACUGUACAAGCACGCGACUAUCCGGUCACCGCCGUCCAGUGGCACCCAGAGAAAAAUGCUUUUGAAUGGGGAUACUCAACGAUUCCCCACUCCGAAGAUGCGAUUCAAGUUACUCAGCAUGUUGCUAACUAUUUUAUCAGUGAGGCAAGAAAGUCCUUAAACAGGCCACCAGCCAGAAAAGUCCUCGACAGCCUUAUUUACAAUUACAAUCCUACUUAUUGUGGGAAGGCCGGGAGGGGCUUUGACGAGGUUUACAUAUUCUCUCGACUGUAAUUGAAUAUUUCUAGGUUGCCUCUCACGAAAUAAUGACUUUAUUGGUCGUCUUUGGAGACAACAUUACGAGCUUUUGAUGCAUGCAAUGGAUCCUACACUAUCCCAAAGUUAAAUGAUUCAUGAGCAGGGUUAGUGCUUUAUUUCUCCAAGUCCCAAGUUACGGAUUCCUUUCCUUUUAAUCAUAUGCAAACGUUUCUCUGAUGCACGCUGAAGAGAAAAUCGGUAACCUGAGUUCGGUGGCCCAUCUGCUGCGAAAGCCUGUGUGACACGAAACUGAACUGGUGAAUACGGAAAGAGGGGCAUGAUUAUAAAACUGAAUGGCGAAUGCUGUGGUGGCAACUUGACGUGUUCAAGUCUGCUUGACACAUGAGUAACUUUGUUCAUAUAUUAGGAGGCAAUACUUCUCGUUGAAAUUAAAAUGUUUUACCGACAGAUUCUAUUUCCUGAACUUCCCAUUCAUGAGCUCCUAAAAGGUGAUUUUGUCAACAUUUUCAUUCCACUCAAAAUUUGGAUUUCUCAAAGUUGCUUGAAACUAGGGAGAAAUGGGUCCGUCGGUAAGGAAAUUGUAUACUUCGUAAACAUCAGUCAAGUUGACAAAUUGA